GGCGUCACGUGAGCGCGCCGGGCCGGAAGUGAAGCAAAGUCUGUGUGGACGACGGUGACACAGGGAAACUGGGCAUAAUGGAAGAGCUGGGAAUUAUCAUAGAGAAGGGCACCGGCCAGGAAGACGCUCCAUCCCUGGUCCCAUCCCGGCCGCUGACCGGACUUUCGUUUCUGGGACCAGAACCGGAGGAUCUGGAAGAUUUAUAUAGUCGCUAUAAGAAACUGCAGCAGGAACUGGAGUUUCUGGAGGUUCAGGAAGAAUAUAUAAAGGACGAGCAGAAGAACCUCAAGAAGGAAUUCCUCCAUGCGCAGGAGGAGGUGAAACGCAUUCAGAGCAUCCCGCUGGUCAUCGGACAGUUCUUGGAGGCGGUGGAUCAGAAUACAGCUAUCGUGGGCUCGACUACCGGAUCAAAUUACUACGUCCGGAUAUUGAGCACCAUUGAUCGCGAGCUUCUGAAGCCCAACGCCUCGGUCGCUCUUCACAAGCACAGCAAUGCUUUGGUCGACGUGCUUCCACCUGAGGCUGACAGCAGCAUCAUGAUGCUGACAUCAGAUCAGAAGCCGGACGUGCUCUAUUCAGAUAUCGGAGGAAUGGACAUUCAGAAGCAAGAAGUGAGGGAGGCUGUUGAGCUGCCGCUGACGCAUUUUGAGCUCUAUAAACAGAUUGGUAUUGACCCUCCCCGAGGGGUACUGAUGUAUGGACCCCCAGGAUGUGGCAAAACUAUGUUGGCCAAAGCCGUGGCUCAUCAUACCACAGCUGCAUUUAUCCGCGUGGUGGGGUCCGAGUUUGUCCAGAAGUACCUCGGCGAGGGACCACGUAUGGUCAGAGAUGUUUUCCGGCUUGCCAAAGAGAAUGCUCCCGCUAUCAUUUUUAUUGAUGAAAUAGAUGCUAUCGCAACAAAGAGGUUUGACGCGCAAACCGGAGCUGACCGUGAGGUGCAGAGAAUUCUGCUGGAGCUUCUCAACCAGAUGGACGGCUUUGAUCAGAACGUGAAUGUAAAGGUGAUCAUGGCAACCAACAGAGCAGACACUUUGGAUCCAGCUCUUCUACGUCCUGGGCGUCUAGACCGUAAAAUAGAGUUCCCUCUGCCUGAUCGCAGACAGAAACGCCUAAUCUUUUCCACCAUUACGAGCAAGAUGAACUUGUCUGAAGAAGUUGACCUGGAAGAUUUUGUUGCCCGUCCUGAUAAGAUAUCUGGAGCAGACAUUAACUCCAUCUGUCAAGAGGGUGGAAUGCUGGCUGUCAGGGAGAACCGAUAUAUCGUUCUGGCCAAGGACUUUGAAAAAGCCUAUAAAACGGUCAUCAAGAAAGACGAACAGGAGCACGAGUUCUACAAGUAAUCGCUGGAUGGUCGUCAACGCAAUGUGUUGUCCUUUUGACUGGUCGUCCCAUCCCCCGCUUGUGACUGCCGCAGCGUGUGUUAUCUCACCUUGUUAUAGUUUUGAUGGAACGUUCAAUAAAAGUUUUCUCAUCGA